GAGGUGGGGGCGGGGAGAUGGAUGCAAGAGAGCUGGCGCACUCUUCCUUGCUGGGACUGAGUGACGGGAGGGAGGAGAGUCAAAGGGACAGGGAGUGGAGCAGGGGGCGACCGCGGGCCCUGCAGCCAGGCAGAGCUCGGUUCUGGCCCUGGUUUGGCACGGGCCGCCUUGCAGAACACGGACCAGUCACAUAGCCACGUGACCUCUCUGAGCCUCAGUUUCCUUGGCUCAGGGUCACUAACGGUGUCCACUGUGUUCUUUGGCCUGUAUCAUGCACUCCACUAAUGACCUAGGGGAUUGCGUAAGGGCAGGGACAUGCAUAACACACUCAUCCUUUGUUAUAUAAAUGUUUGGCCAGUCUGAAGAAUGUAUGAACUCCUACAUGUUAGCUGUAAGAAUUUAGGUAGUAAGUGUAUUCGUUUUUGGUUGCUGCUAAACCAACAGUUACCACAAAUUAAGUGCAAAAGCCAUGAAUUUAUUUUUCCUUAGGUUCAUUUCUUAUGAUACGUAUUCUCUUAUUUAGUUUUAAAAGAUAUCAGAAGUGUUAAACCUAUUUCACCCGGCUAAAAUUAAAGCACAGUUAGGAAUAAAUUCCUUCUUGGAAGCUCUAGGGGAGAAUCAGUCUCUGUGACUUUCCUAGCUUUUGCGGGCUGCUCGUAUUCCUUGGCUCGUGGUCCCCUCCCCACUUCCAAAGCCAGGUCCAGGGCAGAGUUCUUCUCAGGAUGUGCCACUCUGGCCCCUGCCUCCCUUUUUCAUUCAUAAAGACCUGUGUGAUUACUUGGGAUCAGCUGGUUAAUCCGUGUAAUCUCCUCACCUCAAGAUGCCUGAUUUGAUGACAUCUGCAAUGUCAUCUAUGGCCUUCUUUUGCCAUAGAAGGCCUCUGUAUGAGUUGCUUUCUUGUCAUUGUGACAAAAUAGCCAACACUCAUAAUUUAGCGGAGGAGAGCUCUAUGCUGGCUCAUGGAUUUUAGAGGAUCCAGCUCACAGUUGACUGGCUCCGAGACAGGAAGGGCACGGGUGUAGGAGAGGGACACUGCUCAUGUCAUGGUGGGUAGGAAGCAGAGAGUGAAGUCAGGGCCCGGGGAAGGGUAUGCACGCUUCUAGGCCGCCCUAGUGAGCUACCACCAACCCGGCCCACCUGCUAACAGCAAGCCAGCCAGCUAUAGGCUCCUGAUCCAGUCCCUUCCCAAACUCCAUGUCUGAAUGCACGAGGCUUUGGAGGGGCCAUGCUAGAUCUAAACCCUAGAUUACCGCGGUCAGAAUGUGGGCAUCUUCGUGGGUCUGUUACUCUGCCUCCAUGGGAAGGGACAUUUCAAACUCUGCAGCGUGCCUGUUUGUCUUCUGAAUUUGCACUUGAGAGUUCAGAUGGCCAUUCUUCUACUUAUCAGCUCAGCAGUUCUCUGAGCAUCAGAAGGGAUGGGGGGGAACCACCAGCGAGGCUGUCCAGGGCCGACCGAGUGGUUACCAGGCUGGACCCAGACUUCAGUAUUGUUUUGACUGGGUUCAGACCCCUGCUUUACCACACAGGAGCUGCCAGCCAAGCAGAUGAGUUCCCUGGGCUAUGCAAAUCCCCCUCUAUCAUGAGGAUAGAAGGGGACAGCCAGAAUCUAGUGCCUGGCACCUGGUGGAAGCUCAGCAGGACACGUGAACCACGAGGCCAUGCGAUUCCCAGCUUGGGCCCUUCUGUCUCCAGCAUGAGUGACUUCCCAACAGGAGACCCUCCUGUUUCUGCCCCGGGCUGGGAGCAAGGCUGGUGUGGCUCUAGAGCUGCCAGGAGCUGAAGUCCCUGGAGGGUUCAUUGUUGUGCAGGUGUGUGCCAACCAGAUUGCGGUGACAGCUGUCCAGCCGGCACUGUGCUCUCUCUGGAAGCUACUCAGGAUCCUGAGAAGGUAGCUCAGGAUGGAUCGAUCACUGCUGUCUCCUCACUGUAACAGCCUGCUGUUCGCUGUUCUGCUAGCAAUGUGCCUCAGUUUCCCUCCUAAGUGUCCUUUGCUGCUACUGAUUGUUCCACUCCCCCUUGGCAUGCUUUAUUUAAAUACUAAGAGGGGACCAGAUCAUCAAAUCAUUUCCUCCCAUCAGGGUCUGUCCUGGGUCCCUUAUAGGCCUCUGAAUUCUCUUUGAGGCUGGAUUGACCCCCUCUCCGUGUGGAACCUUCAUCUCCAUCAGGCCUCAGAGGAGCCCCAAAUGUCACAGCUUGAAGUGACUUAAUUUGUUCAUGAUUCUGUAACACGUGGAGUUCUGCAGGGACCCCUCAUCUCCGGCCCGUGCAGUGUUGUUACAUCACCGUGGGCUGUGUUCAGUCUGGGGCUCACCUGGGCCAGGCCCACUGAAGAUGGGGUGGCGUCCUGGGAGUGUUGUCUCUCUCCAAGCAACUGCUGGACUUCACUCCCUAGAAGCUUGGGACUGCAAAAAUAGAAGCUGCCAGGUCUCUUGAGAGCUAGACCAGGGACUAGUACAGAGUCUCUUCUGUGAUUUCUUGCCUGCAGUGGAAGGUCACCAGGCCAGCCCAGUUUUAAGGAGAGGGGAAAUAGAGCUCACCUCUUGAUAAGAGGAGCGAUGUGUAUUUUGGGGGAAGGAGGCUCUAUGAGGUCCUGCUGGUUUCCCAGCUUCUUGGAAAAUAUGAAAUGUUAGAGCAGGGCCAAGAAUACAGUGUGAACAGAUAACGGCCAGCUUUCCAGGACAGGAGGAGGCCUGGGGCCCAACCUGAGAGCCAUGGUCACCCCAAGGUCACAGGGAGUGAAGCAACCCCCAGCCAGCUGGUCCCACCACCGCUUCCUGUCCUGAGUCCUGUUUCUGAUUUCCUUUGCAUUCGAGGGUUCUCAUGGGGUGCGGGCGGGAAAGCUGUGAAAAAAAAAAGCCCAUGUCGCCAGCAAGGUUGGGGAGUCGAGGUCCCCGCCCAGGCCCUGCCACGGUUUUGGGCCAAAGCAGGAAAUGGAAAGGAAGUGCUUGCGGCCAAACUAGGCCACUGGCAUUGUCCACAACCAACUUUUCUUGGCUUUUCACGGCUCAGGAUUUCUGGUCCCCUCUGUCAGGCUGGCCCCCUCACACAGAGGCCACAUUUUAUUUCUGAGCCCAACCCUGGGCCGGGGGUAAGUGAUUUUUCCUGUGUCACAGCCAGCGAGUGGCAGAAAUGGGUUUCAAAAGGGGUCUGUGGAGUGAGCAGGCCACCUCUUCUGCCCAAGGGGUGGACAUCGCCUUCUCAGGAAAAGGAAGCCCUUUUUCUUCCUGAUCUAAAUCCUUGACAGAGCAGAGGCAUCCUGUGAGUCAAGUCUGUCAGAAAGGAGACUAGAAGAAUUGCCCACAUUCCCCGAAGACUGGCCCCUGACACCAGCCCUCCCAGUCCCCCACGCUGGCCGUGUCCAGGCUGGGCUCCUGUCCAGUCCCACUUCCUGCCACCAAGGUUGCGCUCCAGGCCACUCACACCUUGGCCCAGUCCUUGCAGGCUGUUUAUAAAAUGGUACACACCCUCUGGCUUCUUGUCCACGCGUGGGGAGGGUGGGAAGUGGGGCGCAGACUUCUGCCUCACUGCCAGGAAAACUGGGGACCAGAGAGCGAGGGACAUUCAUUCCCUAAUCAUGCGGUCCUUAUUAGCUCAAUAAAGACUGUCACCGUCUAUCAGCUCCAGCAAUUUGCUCUCCAGUGGGGCCUGUAGGGAAAAUGAUUCAUCCGGGAGUUGGGGAGACCUGUGUUUGAAUCCUGGGCCUCUCAUUUCCAGUUGGGUCACCUUAGAUCUCUCUCUCUCUCUCUCUUUCUCUCUCUCUCUCUUCUUCCUUGAGUUUCCUCACUUUUAAAUCAGAAGGGAUGAUAGACCUCCUUUCUUGAGUUACGUGGUGAGAAUUAAAUGAGAUAAACCAUUAGAAAAAUGUGACAGUGGGAUAGCACUUAGUAGGUCCUUUGUCUGUGGAGCCUGCCUCAACCUUCUGAGCGUUAAAGCUAAAAACGACACACAUGAGGCCCUCGGGAAAUGCUUUCUACAAUGAGAUGGAGUCUGCUAACCGCCCCCACCUUCCUGCAACCCCUUUCCCUUACCAGCCCUGUUGUGCUGAGACUGAGCUCAGAGAGGUUGGCUGAUUCCCUGCAGCCAAACAGCUUCGCUAUUCUUAUUUCCCAGUAAAUCCUGUCCUCCAGGGUGGGCACUGCCCUUCUGCUCUGCAAUUUUUAGAGCAUUUUCUCUGUGCUCUGCCUCUGAUCCUCCCUGCACCAACGUUUCCUGGGACUGUGUAUCCACCUCAGGCCCUGUUCCCGCAGGAGCUUGUUCCCAUUCAGCAGAAAGCAGACACACUGAGGUGUGUGCAGCUGAUGGUCGCAAUGUUAAAGAUGUUGGACGCAGGUGAGGGGAGGCUUUAGGUCUGGGAUCUUCCUGGAGGCCAGAGAGAACAACCUCCUCUGCUUCAAGGUUUUGAGGGCCGAAAGUUCCUGGCUGAGGUCCCCAGGAGAAGUCUGAGUUCCAACUUCCUCACGCCUCUCCAGCCCCUCUCUGUUCCUUCCCUUUACUGUACACUGAGCAGUUGGAACAGGGACAGUUUUUUUAAUGUGACAAAACUGGACAUCAGCAGAGUCAGACUAGGGAGACAAGAGUCACUGUCUUGGCCUGCCUGUCUGUCCACUGCCUGCUGACCGUCAGCCUUUCUCGGUCAGAAAGUGGCACCGAAGUGGCUAUUCCAGCUGCAUCUGUGUUCUGAAUGAGAGCCUGGGGUCCCUGUCACUCUUGGCUGAAUGGGCAACGCUGCUUUUCAGGGCCAGGCGGCCCUGCCUCCCAUGCAUGGACCCUGGAAGUGGACAGAGGAGAGGGUGGAGCGCCAGGCCUGGUGUGGAGGAAAAGAGCGUCGCCAGGUGUCGCCAACUGUGCCCAGGGACUGACUGGCUGAGGACCCACAGAGGAGUGCUUUGGGCACCCAACAGUGAAUGAAAAUGGAGGAUGGAGGUUACAAUGAUUCUGCCUUCUACGAGGAAGACUAUCUGGAUGGUUCUGACUCCGUCGUGAUUUUGGAGGACUCCUCUCCCCAGGAAGCUGGGAUCGCCAGGAUCUUUCUGGUAGUGAUCUACAGCAUUGUCUGCUUCCUUGGGAUCGUGGGCAAUGGCCUAGUGAUUGCCAUCGCCACCUUCAAGAUGAAGAAGACGGUGAACACUGUCUGGUUCCUCAACCUGGCCGUGGCAGAUUUCCUGUUCAAUGUCUUCCUGCCUAUUCACAUAGUCUAUGCCGCCAUGGACUACCACUGGGUGUUUGGGACAGCCAUGUGCAAGAUCAGCAACUUCCUGCUCAUCCACAACAUGUACACCAGUGUCUUCCUGCUGACCGUCAUCAGCUUUGACCGCUGCAUCUCUGUGCUUCUGCCUGUCUGGUCCCAGAACCACCGCAACAUCCGGCUGGCCUACAUGGCCUGCAUUGUUAUCUGGGUGCUGGCUUUUUUCCUGAGCUCCCCAUCCCUCAUCUUCCGUGACACGGCCAAUCUGCACGGGAGAAUAUCUUGCUUCAACAACUUUAGCCUGUCUGCACCGGAGUCUUCCUCCUGGCCUGCUCACUUCCAACUGGACCCUGUGGGGCAUAACCGGCAGAUGGUGGUGACUCUCACACGCUUCUUCUGUGGCUUCCUGAUCCCCGUCUCCAUUAUCACAGUCUGCUACCUCACCAUUGUCUGCAAGUUGCACCGUAACCGCCUGGCCAAGACCAAGAAGCCCUUCAAGAUCAUCAUGACUAUCAUCGUUACCUUCUUUCUCUGCUGGUGCCCGUAUCACACACUGUACCUCCUGGAGCUCUACCACAAGGCCAUGCCUGGUGUUGUAUUCAGCCUGGGUUUGCCCAUUGCCACCGCCAUCGCCAUAGCCAACAGCUGCAUGAACCCCAUUCUGUAUGUUUUCAUGGGCCAGGACUUCAAGAAGUUCAAGGUGACCUUCUUCUCCCGCUUGGUCAAUGCUCUGAGCGAGGACACGGGCCACUCUUCCUACCCCAGCCACAGGAGCUUUACCAAGAUGUCCUCAAUGACUGAGAAAUAUUCCAUGAAUGAAAAGGAGACCAGCAUGCUGUGAACCUCUCCUGAGAAGCCCCCAGUGGGUACUCCCAACCCAGGGCUGCCCUAGGACAUUCCAAUGUUUGGUGCAUUUUGUAUGGGGUAGGCCACAUUGUGAGCUGGGAGUUCAGCACGUGGGACUUCUUUCUCUUUAAGUGGGAUGGUAGACACAGCCUGUCACAUUGCUCAUAACCGUGGACCUGCAGUCCAUGCUUUGUGGGAGACCAGCCUUACCUGAUUUGGAAGAAUAAAGGAAGAGUUCUCCAAAGCACCGCCAUGAACUGAAAUCAACACAAGGCUGUGGGAUGAGGCUAUCGUAUACCCUGGAAAUACCACCCUCUGUGAGGUCCCUAGUGUGAGCAGGGGAGGUCAAAGCCAAUCCAGGGUGAUGCAGUUUGCACUUUACCCCUUAUUCCUGUAUCAGUAGUCGGCUAGGAAGCUCCAGUCUUCCAGCCACGGCUCUGGGUUUAAGGAGUAUACCAUGCAUGGUUACCUGGGACAGCAAGAUGACAUUGGCCCGUGAGCUUUCAAGACCAUGAACUUGACUCUAAGAUGAGCUGGAAGGACAGAAACCAGAGAGGCUUUGUGGGAUCUUUGCAAGGCCAAGACAAAGGGGGCCUGCAAACAGAACUUGGGGCUUGGUGGCGGGGGAGGGGAUCAGGAAUGGUAAAGGCAGAGCAAAGGCCACGGACAUACAGCACCUUACCUAGAACUCCACAGGGCAAUGAUGCUUUGGCCAUAGGUGCUACUGGGGUGUGAGUGGUGCCAGAUCCUUGCUCCAACUUUGCAUGUGAUGACAGUUUCCUGGAGUUGCUGGACAGCUUCACUAGCCUGGCCCCCUGUAACAGAGCUCCUUCUUUUCCUAAUCCACUCAGCGCGGGCUUGGAGGUGCUCAGAAUAAACCCCGCCCCCCGGAAGUGAGCAUGCAGAGAGCAGGACUUCUGCUUCUCUCCCUUUUCCUCCAAGCCUUGUUGGAGGCCGCUGGGAAGCACAGCUUUGGGAAGCAUCCUGGGAGCGUCUCCUGAAGAGAGGAGGGGUCCCAGCCCCGACCACAGCCUGCGAUCCCGCUCCUUCAGCCAAGCUCCUGAGCUAAACCAACAACAGCCCUGUGGCCUGGCUCUUGUCAUCGUACCGGACGUUUCCUGCUGCAGGGAAGGACACUGUCUGUUCAUAAACAAGGCCAAGGCUAUCAGGGUGAAAGUGACUCACCUUUCAUUGCACACUGCAAAUCAGUGGCAGAGAUAGGAGCUGAACGAGGGUCUGACGCCUGGCUCCAGUGAUUUUCUUCUUUUCUUAAGAAUUUAUCUAUUGAGACUAUUCCAGACGAUAAUGACAACCUACAUUUAUGCACUUUCUACGUUACGUAUUUUCUAUGUAUCUCAUUUAUUCUUCACAGCAACUCCAAGUUAGGUACAGUGAUCAUUUCUCUCUUACAUGUGAGAAAUCUGGGGCUCAGAGAGGUUAAAUGGCCUGUUCAAGGGCACUUAGCUAGUCUCUGCCAGCAGCUGGAUGGCAACUUCUGUUUUCCUGCCUCCAAAGAGGCUGCAGAGUCAGGAAGCAACGAGAGAGGAUGGGGUUUUAACUAUAACUAUUGAUUCUUCAGCAGAUGGCUGAGAACAUCUUAAUGGCAAUUAAGAAGCUUUGCAAGUAGUUUUCAGAAUGAUCUUACAUAUACAGACAAGGCAUUUGGGCUCCAGUGCCCCCUAUACCAUCAGCAUUCACCCUUAUGGCUCCCAUUUUCAGCACCUUCCCCUUUCAGCAGAAAACGGGGCCGGGGGGAGGCCUGUCAGGAGGCAGCCUCUGCAGGCCCAGGGCCUUCUGGCCUCUAAGUGUCCACAUUCUGUUCUCUUCCAAGUCCCCUUGUUGCUAAGCCAAUUCUCCAACAGGAUGCAAGGAACAGAUGUGAUGUCUACCUCGAGCUGGGCCAGUCCCCAAGUUGCAGCCUGUUUGGAAUCACACUUCAUUAGAAGACAGACUGUUCCUUCCUUUUGGGUCUUGAUGCUUGUGAUGAGGCGGCUCUGAGUGGACACAAGCUGGGGACUUAAAUGCUUCAAGGAGUCUGUGCUUUUUCCACUUGAGAGCCAAAGAGGAACUGUGAAGAUGGCCCAGUGCCCUGACACCCCUGCCCUAGCUUUCAGAUGAAGCAACAGAGGCACAAGAUGGCAUAAGAUUUGUCCCAGGUCACAAAGAUGGUCACUUGGCUUGGGGAUGAUGGCACUCCCGCUGGGCUUCCUGGUUGGGCUAGGGAGCCAGGAAUUUGUGUUGUCAUCAGAAAAGCUGAUAAACAGGAGCACAGUUCAAGCCUGCUGUUUUCCCCCUCAGAGCCAACCCUCCCUUUCGUUGGCUCCCUAUUCUGACUGAAGUUUGCUGUUUAGUAUUAAAUGCAACCAUGACAUUCUCGUCA